AUGAACACUAUCAGACCUCCACAACCGCCAGCAAUUCGGGCACGUGAUGUAAUUGCUGAGAUAGAUACACAAAACAUCGUACUUCCUCGUAACGUACUAUCCAUUAUGGCUAGUAAAUCAUGGUCACAAGAAGGAGAGAAUAUAAAAGAAAUAUAUCGAUUUUUAGCGAAUGAGGCCGAAACUCUUUUCAAGUACUUGCAAAAAUAUUAA